GACGAGCGGUGUAGCUGCCCAAGUCAUCGUACGCUGGGCGGACCUGCCACCCGCCCGCCGCCGUUGGCCCCGGCACACUGCCCCCCCCCUGUAGCCACGGUGGUUGGGCUCUGCAGCUACCGCUACGGCCCGCGCAAAACCUCCACUCCAAUGCCAUGCAUACAUCGACAAUUCUUGACCGCAACAUUCGUCUGGCUCGCCCCCUUUGCCCCUGGCGACUUUCUCUUACGGGCUUAGCUUGGACAGAUCCCGUCCUCUAGCUCCCGCGAGAAUGUCAUCCCCGGAUUCUUCUCCUUUGCCUCGCUCGUCCUCGCCGCUUGAGGGAAUGUCAACAAGCCCAGACGAGCAGCAUCAACAACAUCAAGAAUCCUCACAAACUACCGACGCUAUGAACAGGGGCAGACCACGAUACCGCCACCCGCAACAGCUCCACCCUAGCUUUACCUUACCAACCGAUCCGAGCCUUAGCAGCGCGCGCCAUACCAAGUGCCCAUCCUGCACCUCGAGUCUCGAUGAGCGUGGCUUCAAUGAAGAUGGCCUCUCGCCACCACUGCUUUCCAGUCCCAGUAUAGCUUCUAGUCUUUCAUUUUCGACACCCGGUAGUGCUGGCUCACUACGCCGUCGCUUAUCUCGCUCCACGCUCCACGACCAAGAUCACGACCGCGACUCGCUUGCGCAGAGACAGCACUUGGCUAAGCGCCUCAGCUUUCUCGCACAACGCUUAGCGUUUGAAGAUGAUAUUGAUGAGGCUGCUAUUACAGAGCAAAUAGAAGACAUGGAAAGAACCUUUGCGCGAUCAUCGCAUACAAAAUGGGACGACAAGCAAGAUGCGAAGCUGCGCAGUCCUCGAACGCCUCGAACUUCUAGCGAUUUUGGGUCAAUAAUUUCAUCACCAGUGUCGGAUCUGAUACGUGCAGAAAUGACACAAAUGUCAUUGAGGGCUAUAAGAGAACAAGAGGAAGAACGUGCUAGAGAACUUUACCAGCCAGAGUCGACAAUUACCGUUCGUCAGGCGGUGAAAAUUAUCUCUGAAACGAAUAAGCUCAACGACGAGAUGGAAAUCAUUUGCGCCAACUUGCAAGCCAGACAGGAAGAAACAGAUCACAUUAACAGUCUAUUGAUUGAGCGAACCGAACGAGCAGCAGAACGCAUCGUCUUCCUGCAAAACCGGAUUGAGCAUCUUGAUCAAGAACUUAAGGAGAAUGAUGAAGAGCUCUUCUAUCUUGGUAUCAAUCUUCAGGGUGUUUAUGCGCUGAUGCCGCGCCAUCCCGACGAAGCGCUGGUUCGAGGCGUCGAGAUCUGCCAACAAGAAUAUGCCGACAUCAAAGAGCGUCGAGCUCAGCGAACCAACCAGCGCGUACUGAGCAACUCUAGCCAACCCCAUUUGAAAAAGCCACCCCAGGGCGAUAUAACUCCAAAGCAACACUUUACGAUUACUCGCGGCUAGUGCACGCAAUCGCCCGAGUGCAACGAUUUAUGACAACGGCGCCGUCUUGAUACCCUUACGCCAUCUUUUGCAGAAAAGCAUUUGUUUAUUAUGAAGAUUGACGAUUCUUAUGCGUUGCAUGGACUACAUCGAUGAGUACAUUUAAUCCAUCUCCUUAUGUUUCAUUGGUUUUGUACAACAGAAUUUUACGGUGGUGUUUUCGGAAAAGUAUAUAUUAGUGCCGCCUUGAGUCGGUAUCGAAGAUGGGCUCGAUUUCAGGUAGCCAAUCUUUCUGUCUUUGUUUUUAUAAGAAUGAUGAUUAAGAAUACCGUAAUGACGAAUGACAAUGAUACACACGAGCUUUGUUCAAUCACUCUGUUCAGAAUUUGUAACAGUUACGCAUAUUACACUUGCAAAACAAAAGUCCUCAUCAUUUAUUGCUAUUUUAAUUUUUGUACACUCUUAUAAAUAGGAGGAUCGCUCACAGGUUCAGUAGCUUUUGCUUUACGCCUUGUACAGGAUGUCAAGGAAGCCAGUGGCCAAGCCAACAACGACACUCUUGUUUGGCAGAGAGCCAGCGACACCGUAAAGAGCCGCAGAGUCACCCAUUGCCUUACCCUUGGUCGCCUUACCCUCUACCAUGCGGACACGCUCCUUUUCUCUCUCAUCCUCAACAACGGCCUCGAGGUCGGUAAUCAGACGCGACCAGACGGUGGUGAUGGGCAGCGUGACAGCCACAUGAAUGGCCGGAGGAUCUUGCAGGGCGUUAAGGUGCCAUCCCUUGGCGGACAUGCCAUCGGCAAUCUCGUAGAUGUUAAGUGUCUUGGAAGUAAAGGCGACUACUGACACAAGGGGCUUGCCGAGAAUCUCAAGCUCGCCUUGCAGAGUGGGUGAGUCGCGGAUCGAAUCGGCAAUCUUCUUGGUGGUACCGACAAGCUUGCCGCAGGCGUCGACGUAGCCGGACUCGCCAAUCGACAUCAUACUGGCCCAGCAGCCGGCGAUGAGAGCACCAGGGCGGGAUCCAGCCAGGCCGGGCGAGGCAUAGACGCCACCGGCCCAGUCGGGGCAGACGUAGUAUUGGUAGGUGCGCAGCUGCGAGGUGCGGUAGAGAACAGUAGAGUUACCCUUUGGUGCGAAGCCAUACUUGUGGGUGUCGCAGCUGAUGCUGGUGACGCCCUUGAGACGGAAGUCGAAUGGCUCGGAUUCAAAGCCGGCCUUUUCGAGGCAGGCAAUGACGAAGGAGCCAAGACAGCAGUCGACGUGCAGGCACAGCUUGUUCCGGAGAGCAAGCUUGGACAGGCCGGAAAUGUCGUCGAUGAUGCCGUGGGGGAAGUUGGGCGCAGAGCCUACGAGAAGGACGGUGUUGCUGUUGAUUAGGCGAGAUACAGUCUUGAGAUCAACCUGGUAUGUGGGGGCAGGGCAGUCGACAAAGUGAAUCUUGAUCUUGAAGUAGUCGCCGGCCUUGCGGAAAGCUGUGUGAGCCGUCAUGGGCAGAAUC